AUGAGCUACAACAAGAAGGACGAGGAUGCCGAGGGCAAUGCCAUUGUCAAGGUCGACAGGACCUCGGUCUUUCAAGAGGCUCGCGUCUUCAACUCGUCCCCAAUCUCGCCGCGCAGAUGUCGCAUCCUACUCACCAAGAUUGCCCUGCUCCUCUUCACCGGCGAAAAGUUCCCCACCAAUGAAGCUACCUCCCUAUUCUUCGGCAUCUCCAAACUGUUCCAGAACAAGGAUGCCAGUCUACGGCAGAUGGUCUACCUUGUCAUCAAGGAGCUGGCGAACACCGCCGAGGAUGUCAUUAUGGUCACUAGCAGUAUUAUGAAGGACACGGCCGUCGGAAGUGACGUGGUAUACCGCGCAAACGCCAUAAGGGCACUCUGCCGUGUGAUAGAUGCCUCCACCGUUCAAGCGAUUGAACGUCUCAUUAAGACCGCAAUUGUCGACAAGACGCCCUCCGUCUCGUCGGCGGCGCUCGUAUCCUCUUACCACCUGCUCCCCGUCGCCCGUGACGUCGUGCGGAGAUGGCAGAGCGAGACGCAGGAGGCUGCGUCGGCGGCCAAGUCCUCCGGAGGCUUCUCAUUCGGGUUCGGCGCGUCCUCCCAGCCCAACCUCGCGGCUUCGAAUACCAACUUCAUGACGCAAUACCACGCCAUUGGUCUUCUGUAUCAGAUGCGCUCGCACGACCGGAUGGCGCUCGUCAAGAUGGUCCAGCAGUACAGUGCGGCGGGCGUCGUCAAGAGCCCUGCGGCGACGGUUCUUUUGGUCCGACUUGCGGCUAAGCUUGCGGAAGAGGACCCUAACCUGAGGAAGCCCAUGAUGUCGCUUCUCGAUGGAUGGUUGAGGCAUAAGAGCGAAAUGGUCAACUUCGAGGCGGCCAAGGCCAUCUGCGACAUGAGGGAAGUUACUGACGCGGAGAUUGUCCAAGCUGUGCACGUGCUGCAGCUGUUCCUCACCUCUCCCCGCGCAGUUACCAAGUUCGCGGCCAUUCGCAUCCUGCACAACUUCGCUUCCUUCAAGCCGGAUGCCGUUCGUCAAUGCAACCCCGACAUCGAGGCCCUUAUUACCAACAGCAACCGUUCCAUUGCCACUUUCGCCAUUACGACCCUGCUCAAGACCGGCAAUGAAUCGAGCGUGGAUAGGCUUAUGAAGCAGAUCUCCGGGUUCAUGGCCGAGAUUACCGACGAGUUCAAGGUCACCAUUGUCGAGGCUAUCAGGACACUUUGCUUGAAGUUCCCUUCGAAGCAGGCUGGCAUGCUGGCAUUCCUGAGCGGUAUUCUGAGGGACGAGGGUGGUUACGAGUUCAAGCGCGCUGUUGUUGAGAGCAUGUUCGACCUCAUCAAGUUUGUGCCGGAGAGCAAAGAGGAUGCCUUGGCGCACCUUUGCGAGUUCAUCGAGGAUUGCGAGUUCACCAAGCUUGCCGUUCGGAUAUUGCACCUGCUCGGUAUGGAGGGCCCGAAAACGGCCCAACCCACCAAGUACAUCCGUUACAUCUACAACCGGGUUGUCUUGGAGAACGCCAUUGUCCGCGCUGCCGCUGUCACUGCUCUUGCCAAAUUCGGUGUUGGGCAGAAAGACCCCGAGGUCAAGAGCAGCGUGCACGUGCUUCUCACUCGCUGCCUGGACGACACGGAUGACGAGGUCCGUGACCGCGCUGCUCUUAACUUGAGGCUCAUGGAUGAGGAUGAUGAGAUUGCCCACCGCUUUAUUCGCAACGACUCCAUGUUCUCUCUCCCCGUUCUGGAGCACCAGCUCGUCAUGUACGUCACCGCCGACGACCGCGACACCUUCGCUCAGCCUUUCGACCUUGCCAAGGUUCCUGUUGUCACCCGCGAGCAGGCCGACGCGGAGGACCGCUCGAAGAAGCUUACGACUGCUACGCCCACCCUCAAGGCUCCUUCGGCCGGCCCCAAGCCGACGUCUCGUGGUGGCGCCGAGGCUGCUGCCUCUGCCACCGCCGCUGCUCAGCAGUACGCUCAGCAGCUGCAGGCCAUUCCCGAGCUGGCAGAGUUCGGCGGUGUCCUCAAGUCGUCGCCUGUUGUGGAGCUUACCGAAUCCGAGACGGAGUACGUCGUCAGCGCGAUCAAGCACAUUUUCAACGAGCACAUCGUCGUCCAAUACGACAUCAAGAACACACUGCCGGACACUGUUCUUGCCGAUGUCACCAUGGUUGUCACGCCGAGCGACGACGAGGAGUCUGGUCUCGAGGAAGAGUUCAUUAUCCCCGCGCCGCAGCUCAAGACGGACGAGCCGGGUACUGUCUUCGUUUCGUUCAAGCGCACGGCGGGCGAGGCUUUCGUUGCCAGCAGCUUUACGAACAUCCUGAAGUUCACGCUGAAGGAGAUCGACCCUACCACAAACGAGCCCGAAGAGGGUGGCUACGAGGACGAGUACCAGGUCGAGGACCUCGACCUUACUGGCGCAGACUACAUUGUUCCUGCAUACGCCGGUAGCUUCGACAACGUCUGGGAACAGUCAUCCUCGGGCGAGCAGGCGACCGAGACGCUGCAACUGAGCGCAUUGAAGAGCAUACAAGAUGCUGUUGAGGCCAUCCCCAAGACGCUCUCCCUGCAGCCCCUCGACGGCACGGACGUCGCCCUCUCGCCAAGCACGCACACGCUCAAGCUCUACGGCAAGACGAUCUCGGGCGGCAAGGUGGCGGCGCAGGUGCGCAUGGCGUUCAGCGCCAAGGCGGGCAUCACGAUGAAGAUCGAUGUCCGCUCCGAGGAGGAGGGCGUCGCCUCGCUGGUUAUCGCCAGUGUUGCUUAG